UUUUCAGCAGGCUUUUGCUCCAAGAGUUAACUGUGAAAAUUAUUACAUUAAUGUAUAAGUAGGAAACGUACACAGACAUAUACCCAUAAGUUAAUAUUCUUUUCGUUAAUUUCAUUACUUAUUUUCUAAUUGAAAUCUGUAAAUUUUCUCUGUAGUGAAGUAAUUUUCAUUUUUUUUUGUUCUAAAUAAAGUCCAACAGUAAUCAGUCGCUAAUUAACAAUAGUUCCAAGGCAAACCCGAACGCUCCAUCGUUUACAGAGAGCUUGGGCUAUGGAUUUCUCUGUGUCACUCUAACUAAUUUAUGUGCUCUUGUAGGAAUUGUAUUUACGUUUCUUAAAAAAUAUCGUUUCUUCCCAACAAUACUUUCAUUUAUGGUGGCUACUGCUGUUGGUUCAUUAUUAUCAACUUCCAUUAUUGUACUUAUACCUGAGGCAUUACAAAUCAUUCAACCAACAGGUAAUAACAAUACAAAAGAUUCCGACUCGUAUGUUAUUAAGUCGAUUACCGUAUGUAUUGGUGUAUUUUUCUUCUAUAUUUUGGAAUUCCUCCUACGUCUUAUUCCACAGUGUUUUCAGAAAAAGAAAACACAUUCGAAUGACAAAAGUCAAAAUGGGUUUCAUAUAGACCAAUUUAAUCAUCAUCAUCAUCAUCACCAUCAACUUUCUUAUCAUCAACAAGGAAGACCUUCACUGAUGAUACCUGUCGAACCAGUAGCAGAUGGUGAUAAAGAUGGGCCUAUUGUUGAGUUCACACCUAACCGUUCUAAUCAGUCGAAAACAAUGAACAGGUCUCUAGUAGGUGGUGAGACAGAUUUACAGUGUGAAUCGCCUCCAACUGAAGACGUAAUGAAUCAUCUGCCAUCAUACGAGGAACUUUCUACGGAACUUCAAAAACCUAGUAAUAAUAAACAAAUAAAUACACAACCAAUAAUCCAGUCAACCCAUACACUGAAAAAGCAUAAAAGUUGGCAAAAUAGACUACGUGAUUUAGAACCUGUUGCUUGGAUGAUUUUCAUUGGUGAUGGUGCCCAUAAUUUUAUGGAUGGACUUUCAAUAGGUGUUGGAUUUACUCAAAGUAUCGGUUUAGGAAUAAGUUUAACAUUGGCUGUUUUAUGUGAAGAACUUCCACAUGAAUUAGGUAAAAAUAUUUUUCCAUGUUUUCUUCUUUUUGUUACGAAAUAUGUCCUAUAAAAAGUCUGACGCAUCACAUUCUGGCUCACGUGAAAUCAAAAAACAUUACAAGGCCUCUUAUAUUCUUUAUGUGUAACACUUAACUAUUUAUCUCUGUAGUUAAUUAAUUAAGUUAGAACUGGCAAACUCAGCUUCAUAUUACCAAUAUUCCGGAAAAAUUUAAGGAUCUGGUCAAGUUAGGGAAAUAGUGAGGGAAUAAAUAAGAAAGCGUCUAUCAAACAUUCGUCAUAUUAUUGUCCUUUAUCUCAUCAUACUCAAAGUUUUCAUGACAAUCUUAUUCUAGACCGAUUAUCUGCAUAUACAUUUAACUCACGUUUCACAAAUAAAAGAAAAUGCGAAUUAGUGAAAUGAAAAAAAAACGUUAUGAGGAAUUCAGAAGCUCAGAAUUUGGGGAAAGACAAAUAAUAGAUGCGCCUGAGCCAUGGCAAAUGGUUCUAAGCCAUGUCCAUCAAAGUCUGUAACUAUUGGUUACGAUGAUCGUGCGGACCCCAACCAAGUACACAUCUGUUAGCAUGGCCCAGUCCAAUUCUCAAUGACUUCAUGGAUUCCUUCCACGUUUUGGUUUACCUAGCUUUCUUUCAAUCUGCUGUUACACCAGACUUCUCCCGUUGAGGUAGGUGGUGAUUAGGCAUACGUAACACAUGCUUCAGCCACCUCAAUUGAUGGAGACUGAGUACCUCAUCGAUCGAUUUAUCGUAUUUACCUAGUACUCUAUGCCUAGUCCAGGGAUUGAUUGCUCCGUGUUCCAAAAACACACGAGCAAUGUUUCGAAGACGUCUAUGAAUCCGUGCCGAGACCUCAUCAGAUACCAGGGCAUCAGGAUUGGUGAGACUCCCAAGAUAAGUGAGGUGGUCAGUGACUUCAAUUUUUCCACUCACUGUCACUGAUUCAGGCUAUGACGUAAGCCAGUCUUGGUGUAACAUUUUACAUUUAGAGAAAGCGAGCUGCUUCCGGAAUAUGCUUACAUUGUUACUUUGGGUGGUCAGAAGACUGCAUUUUGUCAGCGUUCUCUCCAAACAGAACUAUGUUAUCCGUGUAUUUUAAAUCAACUAAUGUAUCGCCUUGUAGAGGAUCAACUCCUGGAAAGUCAGGAUGAAAAUGUUAUCUCUAAAAUCUCGUGUAUGACAACGUUAAAUAAUGAUGGGGAAAGCGGACGCCCUGACGGACACCAAUUGAAGUAUUUAGUUCUGAUGACAGUUCGCCAUAAGCCCUAACUUGACCAUUAGUGUUUGAAUAGAGAACCUGGACAAGGUGAAUGUUCGUUUUUGGUACGCCAUAAAAUCAAAGGAGUGGGAUGCCGCCCUUAGGUCAAGGGUUACAACUAUUGACGGACAUCGAAAAGUAUGUCUAUGUUCUAUGAUCUGCCGAAGGGUGAAUAUUUGGUCUGUACAUCCACAUCCAGGUCUGAAACCAGCCAGGUUUUCUCGGGUUCGUUGUUCACGAGCUCUAGUUAGACGUCGAUGUAUUAUUGAGGAUAAUACUUUAGACACUAUUAAUCGAACUGAUUCGCUUGUGAUUGCCACAAAAAGAUUUUUAUUCUGCAUUAUAAACUGGAACGAUCAGCGACCGAGACCAGUCAAAUGUGGUUACAUCCAGUUUCCAGAUUUUUGCUAAGAUUUCAGUUGAUGAUGACUGCUAGCGCUGGAUGAUAUUUACCUAAAAUUCUAUUCACGCUAGCGCUAGACCACCAUCCUUAAAAAUCUCAGAGGUUAGUCCAUCAGGCCCUAUUGUUCUCGUACGCUUUAGAUCACUUAUAGCCUUUUCAGCCUUAUUAAAAGUUAGAGGACUUACACAAAUUCGCCAUUCAGGCUGGAGGUCAGUUGAACUAUUCUCUAAAGUACCAACUGGUCCAAUCUCGUGGAUUGAGAGUGAAUAAUACGCUCGUCUUUUCCGAGAUAGUUUCACUAAUAGCCAGAUUUUCAGUACCCGUUACCUUGAUAAGUUUGAACACUUGUUUACCGUUACCUAUCCCUGCCACCUUUUCCAUCUCUUCUGCUUUCGCUAUCCACCAUUGUUCACGAUCAUUACGUAAGCUUUUUAUCAGCCUACGUUUAAGCUUCCGCCGCUCCUCAUCGUGUUCGGAGCCAGAUGGGAUGUUUCUGGUCAUUUGUCAGUUGGUUCAUUAGGAACUGCUGAAAUUCACUGACUUUUCCUUACCAUUUGGUUUAAGUUGUUAGUAGAUAUCAUUGUUAUUUCC